AAAGAAAGGAAGAAACCAGAGAGACGGCAGAGGAAGUUGCCGUGGCGUCCAACGCUAAGGUCUCGAAAGGUUCAGCCGCUGUCUAGCCGCUGGCCGGAGCCAGGGUCCACUGACCACGCUGGCUGCACAUGGAACCGAGGACUCGCGCGGAGGCAGGAUGCUCCCGGCCAGCGAGAUCGGCGAAGCGCCAGCAACCCCGUGCUGUUCUGAAAAUGGUGACCAAAGGAAGGAUGUCAAGGACAAAAGUGAAAUAAAUAUUACAGCUCUCACUGGAAAUGAACAAGUCUGUGAAGGCACUGAUAAUGGUGAUCUCCCUUCCUAUGUGUCAGCAUUUAUAGAAAAGGAAGUUGGAAAUGACCUUAAAUCUUUAAAGAAACUUGAUAAACUCAUAGAACAGAUGACAGAAAGUAAAAUGCAAUUAGAAGAACAGGUACUUACAGUUUCAUCAGAAAUCCCUAAAAGAAUUCAGAGUGCCUUAAAAAAUGCCGACGAAUCAAAGCAGUUCCUUACUCAGUUUCUGGAGCAAGAAACCCAUCUCUUUAGUUCCAUUAACAGCCAUUUGCUGACUGCACAGCCCUGGAUGGAAGAUCUUGGGGUGAUGAUUAACCAAAUUGAGGAGAUUGAACGGCAUCUUGCCUACCUUAAAUGGAUUUCACAAAUUGAAGAACUAAGUGAUAACAUUCAGCAAUAUCUGAUGACCAAUAAUGUCCCAGAGGCAGCCUCUACUCUGGUGUCUAUGGCAGAGCUUGACAUCAAGCUUCAGGAAUCAUCCUGUACUCAUCUUCUUGGUUUCAUGAGGGCCACUGUUAAAUUCUGGCAUAAGAUUCUCAAGGACAAGCUUACAAGUGAUUUUGAGGAAAUUCUAGCACAGCUUCAUUGGCCAUUCAUUGCACCCCCUCAGUCUCAAACUGUUGGCAUAAGUCGACCAGCCGGUGCCCCUGAGAUAUACAGUAAUCUGGAGACACUAUUUUGUCAGCUGCUAAAACUACAAACCUCAGAUGAAUUACUUACUGAGCCAAAACAACUUCCAGAAAAAUACUCUCUUCCUGCAUCCCCUUCUGUCAUCCUGCCCAUCCAGAUUAUGCUGACUCCCCUUCAAAAGAGGUUCAGGUAUCAUUUCAGAGGGAACCGACAGACGAAUGUCAUAAGCAAGCCUGAAUGGUACUUGGCUCAGGUACUUAUGUGGAUUGGGAACCACACUGAGUUUCUGGAUGAGAAGAUUCAGCCAAUAUUAGACAAAGUAGGCUCUUCGGUAAAUGCAAGGCUCGAGUUUUCUCGGGGCCUGAUGAUGCUCGUUCUUGAGAAGUUAGCUGCUGAUAUUCCGUGUCUGCUCUAUGAUGACAGUCUUUUCUGCCAUUUGGUGGAUGAGGUGCUUUUGUUUGAAAGAGAACUGCACAGUGUUCAUGGCUAUCCUGGCACUUUUGCUAAUUGUAUGCACAUUCUGUCAGAGGAAACCUGUUUUCAGAGAUGGUUGACAGUGGAGAGAAAAUUUGCUCUUCAAAAAAUGGACUCAAUGCUCUCAUCAGAAGCUGCCUGGAUAUCCCAAUAUAAAGAUAUCACUGAUGUGGAUGAGAUGAAAGUUCCAGACUGUGCAGAGACUUUUAUGACACUACUCCUGGUUAUAACUGACAGGUAUAAAAAUCUUCCCACAGCUUCCAGAAAGCUGCAGUUCCUGGAGUUACAGAAGGACUUAGUAGAUGACUUUAGGAUACGAUUAACUCAGGUGAUGAAAGAAGAGACUAGAGCUUCCCUUGGCUUUCGAUAUUGCGCAAUUCUUAAUGCUGUGAACUAUAUCUCAACAGUACUAGCAGACUGGGCUGACAAUGUUUUCUUUCUACAGCUUCAACAGGCAGCACUGGAAGUCUUUGCAGAGAAUAACACUCUCAGUAAAUUGCAGCUGGGACAACUAGCUUCUAUGGAGAGCUCUGUCUUUGAUGACAUGAUUAACCUGUUAGAGCGUUUAAAGCAUGAUAUGUUGACCCGGCAAGUAGACCAUGUUUUUAGAGAAGUUAAAGAUGCUGCAAAAUUGUAUAAAAAAGAAAGGUGGUUGUCCUUGCCGUCUCAGUCAGAGCAGGCGGUGAUGUCCCUGUCCAGCUCGGCUUGCCCACUGCUGCUUACUCUACGAGACCGUUUACUUCAGUUGGAGCAGCAGCUUUGCUUCUCCUUAUUUAAAAUUUUCUGGCAGAUGCUUGUAGAGAAGCUGGACAUAUACAUCUACCAAGAAAUAAUUCUUGCCAAUCAUUUCAAUGAAGGAGGAGCGGCUCAGCUGCACUUUGACAUGACUCGGAACCUUUUCCCUUUGUUUUCCCACUAUUGCAAGAGACCAGAAAAUUAUUUUAAACAUGUAAAAGAAGCCUGUAUUAUUUUAAAUUUGAAUGUUGGUUCUGCUUUACUUCUGAGAGAUGUCCUGCAGUCAACUUCAGGGCAGCCUCCUGCUGCAGCAGCAUUAAAUGAAGUUGGUAUUUAUAAACUGGCUCAACAAGAUGUUGAGAUUCUCCUUAAUUUGAGAACAAACUGGCCUAACACUGGAAAAUAAAGUGUCUUUAUGUUUUGGGAUUUUUUUCUGUUUGAACAAAGAGCAAGCCAGUUGGAUUUCAAAUUGUAUGAUCAAGUUCGGAAUUGAGGAAACUGGACAACUGAAGAAUGAAUCAUUUAUCAUCGUGGACUUACAAUGUUAUUAAAAUGCUGACCAUAUUUCCAGAGUCCUCUUGUUCCUAAGAAAAGAAAAAUUUCACAAGCCAUGAAAACUGAAGAGUAAUUCCAUUUACAAAUAUAAAUGAUGACUAUGUUUACUGAAGAAAAUACAAGAGCAGAGAUAAUAAAUUAUAAAUGACUUUUAAUUUCCUAUGCCAAUUAAGGGAGACUAUUGUAGGUAAUCUAACAUAGCAAAUAGAUUUUUUUUUUUUUGGUCUCUUUAGGGCUACACCUACAGCAUAUGGAGGUUCCCAGGCUAGGGGUUGAAUCAGAGCUGUAGCUGCUGGCCUACGCCAUAGCCACAGCAAUGCCAGAUGUGAGUGGUGUCUGUGACCUACACCACAGCUCAUGGCAAUGUCACAUCCUUAACCCACUGAGUGAAGCCAGGGAUCAAACCCACGUUCCCGUGGAUACUAGUUGGGCUCUGUAACCACCGAGCCAUGAAGGGAACUCCCACAAAUACAUUUUUUAAAAAAAAUCACUUUAAAAUGUAUUUUUAUAAAUGAAGUUCCUAGAUCUAGUAUGGGAAAUUCACUGUAAUUUCCAUAAGAAAACACAUUAUGAGAUGGUAGCUGAAAUAGGAUUGCUCUCUUUUUCCACAAGUGUCUUGCCACAUAGAAUACUUCCUAGUUCUGUUCCAUGUGACAGUAAGCAACUUGUGCUUUGUGGAUGAAACAUUUCAACUAGAGCACUGUGCUUCCAUCUUUUCCUGUGUUGGGGAUAUAAUUAAGCAUUUUUUGUUGAAUAUUUCUGUAACUAAUGAUGAGAUGACAAUCUUAAACUUUCUUUUUUCUUCUAACUUUUCCUUGACCUUGGAUUUAUGUUAAAACUUUUAAACAAGUUGAGUUAGAUAAGCUAGAGUCUUCUACAGCUGUCACAUUUUAUUCCAAUAGGUUUUUUCCUGACUUAGCAUUUAGUUAGUGCUUUUUUCCAUUUAGUUAGUACUUUUCAUGCUAUAAUACCUCAACUCCAAAAUUGUCAGGCUGGUAUGUAACCUACACUAUUGAUAAACUUUUACUUUGUGAGAAACCAUUUGGAGGGAGUAUUCUGAGGGAAAUUUUAUUCUAUAUUUUAUACAGAGAUUUUCCAACAACUAGUGUAUUGAACUUAAAGCUUUUCUGGAGUUCUAACAGAUUGGGGUUUCUUUUCCUCAUUCUUCGAGAACUGCUGGGGUCUCCCCUAGAGAAAAGAACAAAGUUGCCCCUGGAGGCUCCUAACUCCAACAUCCUCUCUGUCCCCCCGCCCCCCAGGCUUAGAGACUACUGUCAGCCCUCCCUGUCCUCGCUUUCUAGUCUGCUGAAAGUUUUAAGGGAAUGAAAUGUUUCUAUCAAAAAGGUAGGAACCUCUGUUUUAAAAAUGUACUAAUUGUACUUCAAAAUCAUGCCAUGUUAUUUAAAUAUUAGUCACUGAAAAACUUACACUUCAUGCCUGAAUUUUUCAAAGGGUAUUCCAUGUCCAUCAUCUUUGAAAACUUCAUCUGCAGUACACAGACCCAGGGUUUUUAGGGCUAUAAGAAUAAAAGGGAAGGAAAAUUUACAUAAUGAGAAUUAGUUUCAGCUAGAGAAAGUUAUGGAAUGACCAUGAACUGUUAGCUCAAUUUGUAGAAGAUACUAACCUUCCUUAUACUGUGUUAAUGAUAUGGUGCCUCUAUUUGAGGAGUCCAGCAUCUCAAACAUAGCCGCAAUGUUAGAGUUAUCCAUAAAGAAAGGCAAAGCCACUCCUGCUAUUUUGGCAAUUCUCAGCCGUUCCAAUAUAGAUAUUAAAUACUGUCUUGGUUUUUCUGUAAAAGAAUAGUUCCAAUUCUUUCCAUUUGAAAUUAAAAUAGUCAUGUAACAAUUAUUACUUAUGUUUGAAGUACUGUACUAGGCACUGGGACUAUAUGCCUUGCAUGGAGGAAAAGCAAGAUAUUGAACAAUUAUAUACACGAGCACUCUACUCUGGAUAAUUGAAUAAAAAUGUCCAGAGACAAGACUCUGCUUUUGAAAAAUCUCCUCAGGUGACUAAUUUACAGGCAGAGUUAAAACCCCCCAAAUAGAACAGAUGUAGGAAAGAAGGCCGGCUAAAGGAAGUGGGGGGAAAGUAGAUUUAAGAAAACAAAUACUUAGAUUAAUAUCUUCCUCCAGAUAGGAAGCAUAAAUGUUCCUUUCUAACCUAAGGGCAGUUUUUUGGAUAAGUAAGCUAUCUUUCAUCUAAACAAUGUAAAAAUGAAAAAAUCAAGAUCAAUGCACUUUCCAGAAAUAAUUCAGGUUAGUUAUAAUAAGAGAAGCCACAACAAGUAAAAAUGGUGUAGCUUAGGUGAUAAAUGCCACAUCUGCUCCAUCACUGUAUUUCAAGCCUAGAACUUACACAUACACACACGCUUAAAAACUAAGAAUUUUUUUUUUUUGUUGUUGUUGUUGUUGUUGUUGUUGUUGUUGCUAUUUCUUGGGCCGCUCCCGCGGCAUAUGGAGGUUCCCAGGCUAGGGGUUGAAUCGGAGCUGUAGCCGCCGGCCUACGCCAGAGCCACAGCAACUCGGGAUCCGAGCCGCGUCUGCAACCUACACCACAGCUCACGGCAACGCCGGAUCGUUAACCCACUGAGCGAAGGCAGGGACUGAACCCGCAACCUCAUGGUUCCUAGUCGGAUUCGUUAACCACUGCGCCACGACGGGAACUCCGUAAAACUAAGAAUUUUUAAAAAUUUUCUGUGGAUUUACAAUGUUCUGUCAGUUUCUGCUGAACAACAAAGUGACCCAGUUAUCAUAUAUAUUCCUUUUCUCAUAUUAUCUUUCAUCAUGUUCCAUCACAAGUGAUUGGAUAUAGUUCCCUGUGCUAUAGCAGGAAGUAAUUUUUUUUUUUUUAAAGAAUUUCAUACAUACACAAAAGAAGACAGGAUUUCCGUUGUAGCUCAGCGGUUAUGAACCUGACUAGUAUCCUUGAGGAUGCAGGUUCAGUCUUUGGCCCUGCUCAGUGUGGGUUAAGGAUUUGGUGUUGCUGUGAGCUGUGGUGUAAAUCAAAGAUGCGGCUUGGAUUUGGCAUUGCUGUGGCUGUGGCUCCAAUUUGACCCCUAACCUGGGAACUUCAUAUGCCAUGGGUGUGGCCCUGAAAAGCAAAAAUAAAUAAAUAAAACUUUAAUAGAAAGCUAUAAGAUCUCUGUGUCUCCCUAUAUGUAUAAGUGUGUAUAUGUGGUAUAUUUCUGCCUACAGAUGGUACUGCCAAAAUUAAUUUGUAAAGAGCUCAAUUGGCUUAAAGAAAAGCAAGAGCUUAUUAUAAAUUAAUUAUUACUAAAACUCUCAAAAAUACAGAAACAAACCUGAAUGUUUUUCAAGUUCACAUAAUCUAGGAUAAUCUCUGAUAAAUAAAAGCAAUUGUUUAAGUUUGUUGGUUUAAUAAAAAUAAGCAUGUUUUCAGAAUUGUCAAUAUUAAAUGUAAUGCAAACACAGAA